AUGAUACCGACGAGCAUCGAGUGGAGCGAGUCGCCAUACACAAACGGCUGGGCGACAGCUUGUCUCAACGGCUUUGAGUGCGUCCGUGCCAUUUUGCUGCACCCGGAGCCGUUCACGGUCGAGAACGACCUCUUGACGCCGACGUUCAAGCUCAAGCGCAACGACGUCAAGAAGCUUUUCAUCAAGCAGAUCGACGCGCUCUACGUCAAGACAGGCGACGUCGUCGCGGGCAAGAAUGUCCAUCAGAAGUAAGCACGCGUGUAUAAAAUAUAUGAGUGCACACUCUUCUCUUGUGGGUAAUACUUACGAGGACGAGGAGG